AUGCUGUUUCUCUCUCUCGAUGGGGAAGUUGGUUGUUGCCAGUGGCCAUGCGUACGUAAAUCGAAAUACAUCUUCUGUUUGGGCCGUUGCGAUAUGCAGAACUAUGCGGUGCGUUUCAAAAUGCUUGCUGGAACCUAUGUUGGAGCCAUUCAUCGUUCGUUCGUCUUGUCACUCUUUCGCCGCUUCAAUCCGCCUAGACAUGUCAAAUCGACCCCGGUACACACCAACUCGCUCUCCCAUCUCAAAUCCUUGAAGAUACCCCUGUCCCAAUUCUUUCCAUGAACGCCACGCUGGUGUUCACCCCAGCCCGUCCGAGACACACAAGGUGGGUAGUGUCAUUUGGGGGUGUUAUGGCGAUAACCAUGUGAGUAUACGUGUUGUACCCUAUCAAGGCACGCGAAUGGAAGGAUUCCGUGACUCAAGCACACUGUUCUGUCUCGAAUUGCAUAUACAUAGUUGAACGAAUAAACGCCCUGUACGACGUGAUUCCAGAGAUCCGGUUUCCGUAGUUCCCCUCCUCGUAUUUGACAUCGCCCACUCGGCAUAUGCCCACAUGCCCGACCUGAAGCCUUGUAUCACCACACCACUUCACGGGAAUCUGGCAAGCGUCGGACAUACUCGACCCGAACCAUCCUAGCUCUUUUCCCUGUCCGCGAGAUUCAUAUCACGCGAGGAAUUCCAUUAUCAUCUCCGGAAAACUGGAUACAUCAGUUCAUCUUCCAUCUGAAGCCCCAAGAGUAAACCUCGUAUUAGGUGCUACCACACUCGACCAUUCCCAUGGUAUCACGAGUGUCGACACAAUCAGCCACCACAUCCACAUACUUAUCGGCACCGCUACUAUGAGAGAUCGGAUUUACUAUUCGCUAUUCCUAUCGAUCGCGAUCAAACUCAUUGCUAAGUUGCGGAAGCUCAGAGCAAGCCAUGAUCAUUGUACUCAUUCAGUAUAUUCACUUAUCUACAUAACUACACGUAAUGAACCACGCACGAUAUACUUGAUCCCCCGUCCUAUAUCACCUCAACAGUCCCUAAACAGCCGUCUAUCCACAUGCAUACCCCAGUAUUCCCCGCCUCUAUCACAGUCACACAAGUCGCAUCUUGAACGCCAUCGUACCACUUCACUAUCCAUUCCCAUGCUCUCUGUCCUCUCAUCAACCACUGCUUCGGUAACCCGCCCUUCCCCUUCACACCCCCUCCAUCCAAAGAAAUCCGGCAAUCGCAGAAGACCGACCCAGCACGACGGAUCCCGAUCCAACCAUGUCUCCUCCCAUGAAUC